AAAUCAUUGUUUCUGUUAAGUUAAAAAUGGUAGGAAAUGGAAAGUAGCAUAUUUGCCCUGACAGUUUUAGGGGAAGGCCACAUGUAUAAAUCAAGAAACACCUGUGUAGUUUAGAAAUCAGUCAGUUAGUAGCAUAAAUGUAAACCAGCAGAAACAAGAAAUACAACUGUAAUGAAACCCAAGAACAGAAACUGACAACCACAAAACAGUUUGUACAGCAUUUAAUUAUUUAAUAUGUUUUAGAUUUGAGCAUCAUUCCUUCCCUUUAUAGACUACAUUAUAGUCAAUAAUGUAUGAACAAAUGUUACAUUUCCUAAUGGAAUGGAACCUUUACAUAAUCAAUUAAUAGAAUAUUGAGUUUAUAUGCGUUUAACCAAAUUUCCUCAAAAGUCUCAGGCUUUACCAGAACGUUUCAGACAGAGAAACAGUAGGUGGUUUGGCAUUAGAGGAUUUUUUUUCUCUAGAAGCAUGGUUUGGUCAAAAAAAAGAAAACCCUCAAAAAAAACCUUUAAGUUUUUGAUUCAGCUUUGAUUCUUCUGUUCAAUCAGAUUUUACUGACAAUGGCAUCUUGAAGUGGAAAAAUUACAGCAGGCUUAUAAUGCAAAUUAUGAUUUUAUUCCAUUAGAGCCAUUAAGGCGCCCACAGAGAACAUGUUAAAAAAUAUACCUUUAGUUUCUGUUUUCGUGAACAGGAAGUUGUGGUCGAAUUAUGUUAGAUGUCUAAGGCAGACUGUACCAUCAUCAUAAGUUUGUCAUCAUCUGUUGUUAACCAUUUGGAAAAAGGAAGUUUGUCAUGUUCUGUUAGAAAAAACCUCAUUGUGGUUCCUUCUAACUCUAUCACAUGCAGCACAGAAAAAAAAAAAAAAAACCUAGCCCUACUAACAUUUUCCUGUGGCCAUACAUGUGGGAGGCACAUUUUAUCUCUCUCCAUUCAUUUCCUCUCCAUGCACUCAACUCGAAGUGUAUCAGCCACACCUGCUCUCAAAGGAUCACUUUUGAUCAUCUCCGGCCAGGAGGAAUUAUUACAGUGCUUGACACCUCUUCACGACCGAGAAACUCCGCUGUGUCACUUUUCUCAGAGGCCACACGAGACUGGAGUUGGACGCUUCUGGGACUCAGGUUUUAAAGUUACACUGCUGGGAUUGGCUGGACACCCAUCUCUGGUCGGAGCUGGUGGAGAACAUUUUAGAAUUGGUCGUGUUGAUUUCCAGAUUAUGAUGAACGCAACAUCCAACACAAGCAACUCAUCAUGUGUGAUCAUGACCCAGCCAGCAGGUCAUCUGCUGAUGUCCAUCUACAUCAUCGCCUUCAUCCUGGGGCUGUUCUUCAACCUGGUCACCAUUGGUCCUAUAAUUCAGCAGAUUUGCAGAAAGAACAUUUGGGGGAUCUACCUAGUCAGUUUGUCCAUCUCAGAUCUCCUGUAUAUCCUCACCAUGCCUGUGUGGAUAUAUUAUUUCAGCAACAACCAUAAAUGGAACCUUGGCCAAGGACUCUGUAGCCUGGUUGGUUUCUUUUACUACUCUAACAUGUAUAUCAGCAUCUUUCUCCUCUGCUGUAUCUCCAUCGAUCGCUGCCUGGCCAUCACAUUUCCACUGCGAGUCCAAGCCUUCCGCCGCCAGCGCUAUGCCUGGAUCAUCUGCGGGUUGGUCUACAUUUUGGUCAUGGCCUUACACUGUUUGGUGCUGUACCUAGACAAGUUAACGGAUCCACUGAACGACAGUGAGCAAACGUGCUACGAGACCUUCCCCAUGACGGAACGCAUUGCGAUGUUCAACCUGAUAAGGGUUGGAAUUGGUUUCCUCUUGCCUCUGAUGAUCAUGUCCUUCUGCUACUGGUUGAUCCCAACUAAGGUGCAGCAAAGCAGAGGGGUGGGCAAUCAAUGCAAACGCAAAGUGAAGCUACUGUCUAUGGGGGUCAUUGGCAUUUUCUCCUUCUGCUUUGCACCAUACCACAUCCUCCUGAUGGUAAGAUCCAUCGCCUACUUUUAUGUAGGAGAAAAACAAAGCUGCAACUUUGAACCAGCAAUGUAUUUACCCUUCACUUGCUCCCUUGCUCUAUCUAGCCUGAACAGCGUGGUGGACCCAGUGCUUUAUGUUUUGGCCAGUAACGGAGUAAGGGAGGACAUGCGUUUGUUCUAUUCGAAAAUUAAGCAGAGAGAGCUGAGAAGAACCCCUCUUGUUGAUUCUAAAUGGGUUAGGGAAGACAAGGAAAACCAACUUGGGUUAAAACCGACCUUAGGUCUUGUAAAAUAA